AUGGACCCCGUUAAGACGCUCGGCGACCUCGACGGCGACCUCGUCACCGCCACCGAAGAGCGCGACCUCAAGCGCGGCCUCAAGGAGCGCCACCUGACCAUGCUGGGCAUCGCCGGCGCCAUCGGCACGGGUCUGUUUCUCGGAUUAGGCAGCGCCGUCCAGACGGGAGGGCCCCUCGGAGCGUUGCUAGGUUACGGCACCGUCGGGCUGGUCGUGAGCGCCGUGCAGUUUGCCCUGGGCGAGGUGUCGGCGCUGCUGCCCGUGACGGGCUCGUUUGUGCGGCACGCCGAGGUGCUGGUCGAUCCGGCGCUGGGCUUUGCCGUGGGCUGGAACCUGGUGUACGGCAACCUGCUGUCGAUUCCGAGCGAGAUUACGGCCAUUUGCGUGCUGUUUGCCUACUGGCUGCCGGACCUCAACCCGAGCGUGUGGAUCAUUGUAUUCAUCAUCCUGACGGCCGCGGUGGGCUUCUCGGGCAUCCGCUGGUUCGGCGAGGUCGAGGCCUUUUUCGCAACGCUCAAGAUCCUCAUGGUGGUGUUUCUGAUUAUUUUCGGGCUGGUGAUUGACCUCGGCGGCAUCCCCGGCGUGCGGCCAACGUACUUUCGCUUCUGGAAGAACCCGGGCCCCUUUGUGGAAUACAUUGCCACGGGCAACUGGGGCAAGUUCCUGGGCUACUGGAGCGUCAUGACGGGCGCCGUCUUUUCCUUUGCGGGCGUCGAGUCGCUGGCCAUGGCGGGAGCUGAGACGGCAAACCCCCGUAAAGCGAUCCCGCGGGCGUGCCGCAACGUCUUCAUCCGCAUCAUCCUCUUCUACAUGCUGGCCAUCCUCAUCGUCGGCAUGAUUGUCAGCUCCGACGACGACCGGCUCAGCGCCGAGUCGGGCACGGCCGCGCAGAGCCCGUUUGUCAUUGCCGUGUCGGCCGCGGGCUAUCCCGCCGUGCCGUCCGUCAUCAACGCCAUCGUCAUCACGUCGGCGUGGUCGUCGUCGAACCAGGCGCUGCUGUCGGGCACGCGCGUGCUGUACGGCCUGGCGCUCAAGAGACAGGCCCCGGCGGUGUUUCUGCGCACCACGUCGUGGGGCGUGCCGUGGGUGGCCACGGCGCUGUACAUAUUCUUUUCGUUCCUGGCGUUUAUGAGCCUGAGCAGCGGCGCGCUGACGGCGUUUUACUGGCUGAUGGACCUGGUGGGCGCGGGCGUGCUGGUGAGCUGGAUUUGUAUUGUGCUGAACCAUGUGCGGCUGCGGAUGGCGUUGAAGGUGCAGGGCAUUCCGGCCACGCGGCUGCCGUGGCAUAACAGCUGGACGUUGUACAGCUCGGCGGCCGCGCUCGUCAUGUGCAGCAUCAUCCUGCUCACCAACGGCUUCUACGUCUUUACAAAGGGCAACUGGAGCGCCAGCGGCUUCGUGUCUGCGUAUCUGGACAUUCCGCUUGUGCUUGCGGCGUAUCUGAUAUGGAAGUUUUACAAAAAGACGAGGAUUGUCUCGCUCAAGGAGAUUCCCCUCGAGGAGGCGCUGAUGCAGGCUGAGUUGAAGGAUGCGCUGGAUGGCUCGUCAUGAUUGCUUUCUUCUAUUUGUUUUUGUCUAGAUAUCCUUUUGUACAUAACUAGAUGGUUCAACACAAAGCGAGCGUCCCUCGGAUAUAAUUGCUUUCCAACGAAAUAACAUUACUAUAUAUAUAUGUCUAUAUUUUUAUGACCACUUUUUGGUAUCAUCCAUCAUCCAGUCAUUCAUUCGUCAUAUUGCAGCAUCUCAUCCUCCCCCAUCGUCCCCAGCGUCUUCUCCAGCACCCGCCUGCACCGCUCGCGAUACUCGAGCGCCAGCCGCUGAUUCGGCGACAGCAGGUCCACGUCGUCGCCCACCACCUCCAUGUCCGUCUCGUUGAGCCGCUCCAGCUCCUGCAGCACCUUGUGCUGGAUAAUGGCCACCGUCUGCUCCAGGUACUCGUGGCACUCGUCGUUGACGUGCCCGGAGAAGAAGCGCUCCUGGCGCUGCCGCACCGCCUCUUCCUCCGACGGGAACGUGUUUGAGUUUAGCGGGAUGAGCUUGAUGAGCGGGAUGGACGAGUGCUGCAGCAGCGUCAUGAAAAUGUCCCACACCAUGUCGUGCUGCACGUGCUUGAAUGCGCCGAGGAGGCCCAGCGCGGGCGGGUUGACGACGAGAGCCUGCUUGGACGCGGCGAGCAGCGAGGAUGGAUCGGUCACGGGCCGCAGGGAGAUGAGGUACUCCUCGGGCAUGCUGCUGCCGGACUGAGGGUUGGACGGCAGAGGAGCCGAAGGGGCGGUGCGUUUCCGCACGUGGAUGUAGUCGUUGUGCAGCUCGUCCGUGACGGGCAGCAUGAAGCCGUAGCCCAGCAGCAGCUCGGCGUUCGUCUUGGGGCUGUAGUUGUUGAAGAUUUGCUGCCCGGGCUGGUGCUCCCUCCCGACCCUGAGCUGGCACGCAGCCCCUGAGUUUGCAGCGUCAAGCUCCCACCGGACGUCCACCGCCAUGUCGUGGUUGCCAAUGUCAAACAGCGGCAGCAGCACCGAAAAGUCGUCGACCGACACGUCCUCGGGCAGGGCCUGCUGCUGCGCCUCCGUCAUGACCAGCGAUGCCCUGAAGGAGCGGCUCGAGAAGAUGCAGUACGCCCAGUUGUACAGCUCCCGCGUCAGCAGCUCGCUGAAAUCGUCCUCGGCGUCCUUUUGCGACGCCAGCAGCAUCGCCUUGGCCUCGCGAAACUCGCGCUUCAGGUCGUCGCGGAUCUUGUCCAGCCCAACCUCGACAUUCGUGCCCUCGAGCAGCUCGGCCUCCUCCUCGGGCCAAAACGGCGGCAGCGCCCAGUCGUCGACGUCCUCGGGCUGCGGCAGCGCCUGGAUAUAGGGCCACCAGAAGGACUCCUCGCCCCUGAGCAGCUCCUUGAUGAGCAACAGGCGGCCAAUCACAUGGGGCCGCGCCCGGGAGAGGAAUUCGCGGGGAAAAGCCGGCGUUGGCUGCAGGGCGUUUGCGUACGAGAGGCUCAGCGUCGUCGGCAGGCUGACAAUGGGCUCGUAGGGCGCAAUGGGCGCUGCCGACGGCCGGACGCGGAACGAGAGGCCAGUGUCCGGGUCGUCGUAGAUCUCGGCGGACGGGUGCAGCGUUGCGUGGUGCGAGGCGGCCCAGUCCAGCAGCAGGGCGAUGCGGUCCUGGAUGGCGUCCAUGGCGGUGAUGAAAGGAGGCGAGUGAGGGUGAGAUGAGGUGAGAUGAGAUGAGUCGAAGUGAGUAGAGGGCCCUGUCUGAGCAAGAGAUUCGCCCCUCGCGCUAUCGCCAGCCAGCGAUGGGCCUCAUCAAAUUCAAACCGCUCUCCUCGGACUCGCAAACAAACAAGACUGAAAUCAAUCUCUAUGUUGCGCAGAAUCGCCAAGCGCUCGUCUCCUUCUCAUCAAUUUUUAGUUUCGGGGAAAAGUUGUCUUGAAAAAAUCCCCCGCACUAAGAAAACUGUCCUGCCGUGUUAGUGCAUCGCGUCCUUUUGGCAGCGCCGAGGUUUAGCAGCCACUAAUGGCGCAUCUGUUUAUUUCGGUCAAGCUUUCAUUGUAAAACGAGCAUCGAUUCUCAAUUGAUUGGAGCAUUUGUAUAUAACUGUCUUGGGGUCUCGUUGUUAU